GUUCAAUUAUCUAGCAGCAAUGCUUACAUACUUGGGACCGUGGAUGUAAGUUGUCCCUAGGUGCCGUUCCAGGGUUCACAUUCACCACGUGCCGCUAUGAGCUGUGGCUGAGAGCUUGGACCAGAGCUCGAUAAGCGUCAUUCGAACAAACAUCUCAGUGGAUGCCAGCCUUUCUUUCUUCUUCACAAACCUUCACCAUGAAGGGCCCAUACCCCGAGAUCCAAGGCGGAGGCUCUCUGAUACUUGCCUGGCAAGUGCGUAACAAACACGUACUCGUCAUCGGCGGCGGAGAGGUAGCAGCCGGGCGCAUUGUCAACGUGCUGAAUGCAGACGCCAAAGUCACCGUUGUAUCACCCCAGGACGGCCUGAACGAUGAAGUCGCCUUUCGAAUAGCCCAAAAACAGGUCACAUACAUCGACCGGAAGUUCGAGCCCUCAGAUCUGGACGGGGUGGAUAUGGUGCUCACUGCUGUGGACGACCCGGAGGCCUCGAGCCAAAUAUACAAGCUCUGUCACGAGAAGAGGAUACCGGCGAACAUUGCAGAUGUACCUCCGGAAUGCGACUUUUACUUUGGGAGCGUGCAUCGCGAUGGGCCAUUACAGAUCAUGGUCAGCACCAAUGGGAACGGACCUAAGCUGGCGAGUAUUGUGAGGAAGCAGAUUGCUGCUGGACUACCACCCAAUGUCGGUGCUGCCAUACAAAAAGUCGGUGCACUCCGUAGGAAGCUGCGAAAGAUUGCACCAGAUAUUGAGGAGGGACCGAAGAGGAUGCAGUGGAUGUCGAAAGUCUGCGAAUCCUGGAGUCUGGAAGAUCUUUGUGAGAUGGAUGACGAGGACAUGGAGGCUUUGUUAGGAUUCUACAAGCCUGGAAAUGUCCCUAGUUUCCAGGAAGUACGGUUGGGUGAACCAGAGGGAGCUUUUGAUGGCUCAUUUGGAUGGCUGUGAAAGUGGAAAACUCUCAAGGCGAAUUGUAGGAACACUGUAUAGCGAGUUACGAAGACAUGUGCCAUUUGUUGGAAAUCAUUGAUAGGCGUUGGGAACAAGGAUAUAAAAGAUUGCGUACCACCAAUACAUGUUAUGGAGUCUUUAGUUGAGCAAUUGCAUAUUUCUUGGGAAAUAUCAGAGACUGCGAAUGAGCA